UGUGCCGCUGACCCAGUUAUUUGGAUUAAUUAGCGCUCUUUUCGCCUCUUGUUUGAUUUGCUCGUUUUAAUAUAAUGCGGCUGCUUCCCGUGCACUCCCUCCACAACGCGUUUCUUCCCGAGGUGUAUUCUCAGACAGCAUCCGACUGUUGUUUGUUUGUUUGCAGCUUUCGGUGAAUAUGGACUAGUUGGUUGUUGGGGUGGGGGGAGAAAAAACAAAAGCGUAUAAAUGCACCUGCCGUCCAGGAGAUACCCUACCUUUGAGAUCGAACAGGUGCGUGUGCCCUGGGUGCAGCCUGGCCUCUGCUGUGGUGGCGAUGAAGAACCCAGUGGCCAUGGAGAGCCGUCGGCUGGUCGUCCUGCUGGAGGCGGCCCUGGUGAGGGAGGCUCGCCUCUGGAAGGUGCCGGUCUUCAAGAAUGGGUGCAUCCAGGGCGCUGACAUCUCUUCAUCCCAACACCAAGAAAUGAUCCUUUGGCUCGGAGACAUGAACAGGCUGUUCCAGUUCUGUCCAGAGACCUUUGCACUGGGAGUCUGCGUCCUCAACCGCCUGCUGUCCACUGUCAAGGCUCAACCAAAAUACCUAAAAUGCAUUGCUUUUACCUCACUGGUCCUGGCUGCCAAAAUCAAUGAGGAAGAUGAGGUAAUAGGCUCUGUUAAAGACCUGGUUGUGCAGAGCGGAUGCAACUUUUCAACAGCGGAGAUUCUUCGCAUGGAGAGGAUCAUUCUCGACAAGCUGCACUGGGACUUGUACACCGCAACACCAGUCGACUUCAUUCACAUAUUUCACGCCCUGCUCGUCUCCGGCCACCCUCACCUCGUUCCGUCCAUCGGGCUCGGCUCCGGCCGGGACCCGACGACAGACCCCGGCUUGCUCCCCGCCGGGCCGGGGCAUCAGAAGAGGCCUCCGGGCUUCCAGGUGGCGUUGUGGACCAGGCAGGUGCAGCACUGUAUGGCCUGCCACCAGCUUUGGCAGUUCAAGGGCUCCACGUUGGCCUUGGCCAUCAUCACUUUGGAGCUGGAGGCGCUCACGCCCGACUGGUUCUCCGUCUUCACCGACCUGCUGAAGAAAGCACAAGUUGACAGCGGCGAGUUCAUCCACUGCAAAGAGAUGGUGGACGAGUACCUGCACAGCCUGGAGUUCUCCCUGCCGGCCAACGCCGUCUACAUCUUGGACAGCGCCCAGAUCCAGGACGAGGAGCGAGCCUCGAGCCCCACGCAGCGCUUCAGGCAGGCCAGGAGGGGGCGGGGCGGCGGUGAGCAGGGGGACUGCGACGAUUAUUACGACGGUUUUAGGUGUUUGUACAACGAGGAGACGACUCCGGGAGCGGAGGGGAACGAUGCCGUGGGUGUGCAGAAAAACGUCUCGCCCUGCCCGCCGCUGCACCCCGCUGUCAAUUAGUCUGAGGUUUAUUCCCGCCGCCCACAAGUGCACAGUGCUCCCAUUUCACAGUGAGAAUGUUAGAAAUACUGGAACUCUACACAGGGUACUGAAGUAACUGACUGAAGCCUAGUCCAUACAUACACAAGUAUUUUCCAAAAUGUAGCUUUUUCUGUGUGUUUUGGCCUUUCCUCCAAACACAAAUGCAGAAAACAGAGCUUUCGGAAACUCCUUCCAGGGUGAAGAUGUUCAGAAACUCCACUUGCAGUGUUGACAAGUAAAGAACAGAGUCUUUGGCUUGUGAGCGCUUUGUUUGCAUGAGGAGAUUUUGUGCAACGGCGGACGUGGCCAAAAUAGUGCUGGCGCUAGCUUUGCUAACAGAACGUUUUAGAUGACUCCACUUUUAUCGAGGACCAGAGGCGUUAAAAUGCAUUAAGAGGGUCACUGCUACAUAAUCCAACACUCCCACGACACCGACCCCGCCGCCAACCUCGCUGGUUUUGGACCCAUCCGUGAACUUAGGAACCCCGCUGUGGCGAAGGCGGCCAGAAAUUUGCAAUCAUAAUUUAGAGGUUUGACCUCUCAUUGCAGGUAGUCUAAUGGCAGUAGCUUUUUUUUUCAGGUUGCUGAUUGGCCGACAUGGCUGUAGGGUUAGGGUUAUAUCGCCACCUGUUGGUUUUUCAUGCUCUUGCUUUUUUUCCCCAGCUUUUGGACAACAAAGGAACAAAUCCUUGUUCUGAGAAAUACCUGUGUACGUUUGGACCAGGCAUUGAAUCCAGGUGUUGCUCACCUGCCAUAACAUUUAAAGAUUGGCUGAAAACAUUUAAGAAAAGGCAGAGCCUUGUUCUCCUGAGAUCAGAUCUCCACUGUGCACUUGUCCACACCCAAAUGUGAAUCUGGAUGUGCGUUUGGAUCAGUGUUGGAGUUCACCUCUUAUUCUGAUGCCAUAACUCGUUCUCUGUGUUGGCAGCUGAGGAGAAAAUGUGGGCGUUUGGUCGAGCCCGACUGAAUUGAGAUAUGAAUGUUUCUCCUUGGUGCAGAGUUACUGGUCCAUUAAGUUCUCUACUUAUUAAUAAUGUCAUUUGCUUCUCCUUUUUAACCUACCUGUCCUUUACAUCCACCACAAAUCCUUUUAAGUUGGAGGUGAAGGAGAAGAAUUAGGCACUUGUGUGUGUUUUUUAUGAGAGUGGUUGAGGCCAAGAGUGUCUUUUUUUAUGUUUGAGAGUUGAUCCUGAUUUUGUUUGUGAGGUGUGUUGGUGCUCAGGUUCCCCCGGUAACCCAGCAUAGCACUUUGAGGUUAAGACAAGCUUUUUUUAAAUGCAAAUAAUUAUAUUUUUUCACAACCUUUAUUAUUUUAAUCUCUUACUUACUUGUACUAAACAUUUUUGUGCUGUGUUAAGUGUUUAUUUACCAGUUAUUUACAGAGGCUACAUUUUACAAAAGCUUUAAUUUCAUGACUUAAUGCUGCAAAUGUUUUUAUUUCAUUAAUCCUUUUGCUAGUGUUGAUUUUUGUUUUAUGUUACUGUUGUUACAUAUCAAACAAGAGCACCUUUGGGAGAUUAAUUCAACACUAAAGCUGAAUGAUAAAAAAAAAAUGGUUAUGAGAUUACCUGAUUAGUAAUCCAUCAUCAGUGUUCUCAUUUAAAUUUUCAAUAUUUUUUCUUAUUAACAUACUAAAUGAGGGCACCAAUAACUCCACAGAAUUGAUAUUGAAGUAUUGGGAUGAAAACGUCCUGUUUUUAUUUUGUAAAUACCUCCCCGUUCUGUCACAUCUGUUAGUUUCAUCAUGAUACUGACGUGUGACCUGAAACAGUGUCAAAAUAUUAUGUUUCAAUUUAGACUGUAUUUAAUGUUGGCUGAUACGUGAAUACAGUGGCCAAGCAGCCGAAGCCAACAGACUUUGAGUUUCCUCCUUUGACUCCAGGCUGCUGGUUAUAAUGUGAACUGAUUACUGUCUGUUUUCUCAACUGUCAAGUCUGCUUCGAUUCAUCCAGUCAAGCUGGAUGCAACACCAGUGACCAAUGUAAAGGUUUUAUUUUUGAUCAUUUUCCUCCAUUUACUGAGGCAGCUAUAUCUUAUUGUCUGAUCAACCACAGAAAUAAAGCUACGACUUCAAAAAG